CCAGCCGUGCCAGCCGUGCCCGCCGCCCGUCCCUGCGGCUCCCGAGGAAAGGGUCCCUGGAUGCCACGGAGCAGGAUGGGCACCACGGCCGUGCUGCUGGCCCUGCUCCCCACGGCCACCGCUCAGCCCACGGCGCCCCCGGGCUGCGGCCACGACCUCUCCUCCCUCUACUACAACCUCUGUGACCUCUCUGCGGGCUGGGGCAUCGGCGUGGAAGCGGUGGCCAGCCUGGGCGUGGUGACCACCUUCGUGCUCACCAUCGUGCUGGUGGCCAGCCUGCCCUUCGUGCAGGACCGCCAGAAGAAGAGCCUGGUGGCCACGCAGGUCUUCUUCCUUCUGGGCACCUUCGGCCUCUUCUGCCUGACCUUCGACUUCAUCGUGGGGCCGGAUUUCUCCACCUGCACCUCGCGCCGCUUCCUCUUCGGCGUCCUCUUCGCCAUCUGCUUCUCCUGCCUGCUGGCCCACGCCGUGGCCCUCAACUUCCUGGCGCGGCGCAACCGAGCCCCGCGGGGCUGGGUGACGCUGGCGGCCGCGCUGUCGCUGGCCUCGGUCGAGGUCAUCAUCAACGCCGAGUGGCUCCUCAUCACGGUGGCGCGGCACGAGGGCGGCCCCGCCGAUCCCUGCCAGCUGGCGGGCGCCGACUUCGUCAUGGCGCUCAUCUACGUCAUGGCCCUGCUGGUGGCCGCCUUCGGCGCCGCCUGGCCCGCGCUCUGCGGCCGCUACGGCCGCUGGCGCAAGCACGGCGCCUUCAUCCUGGCCACCACCGGGCUGUCGGCGGCCAUCUGGCUGGCGUGGACCGUCAUGUACCUGUACGGGAACCGGCGUGCCGGCCGCGCGCCCGGCUGGGACGACCCCACGCUGGCCAUCGCGCUGGUGUGCAACGCCGCCGCCUUCCUGCUGCUCUACGCCGUCCCCGAGGUGACGCACGUGACGCGGCGCAGCCCCGAGCAGCCCUUCGAGGACGACGGCUACCCCACGCGGGGGGUGGGCUACGAGACCAUCCUCAAGGAGCACAAGUCGCAGAGCAUGUUCGUGGAGAACAAGGCCUUCUCCUUGGAUGAGCCGUCCUUUGCCAAGAAGCCGGUGUCCCCAUACAGUGGCUACAACGGGCAGCUGCUGACCAGUGUCUACCAGCCCACCGAGAUGGCUCUGAUGCACAAGGGGAUGAGUGAAGGUCCCUACGAUGUGAUCCUGCCCCGUGCCUCCACCAGCCCGGUGCCCGGCAGUGCCAGCUCCACGCUCCGGGCCGAGGACGCGUUCGCGGCGCAGGCGCGGCACUGCAGCAUCCCGAGGGACGCCCGCGGCUGCCAGGUGCAGUCCCCAUACAGCAGGAACCGCUGGUGAAGCCCCCGUGACGCAGCUCCCGCAGCGCUGGCACAACCGAGGGCUUGCCCAGCCCCAUCCCACCCUGACUGACGUGUGAAUGCCACCCUGUGAGAUGUGAAUGCCACCCCGUGAGGUGUGAAUGCCACCCCGGCUGGCAGCCAGAGCCGAUUCCUGCCCGUGGGUCGCCUGGACACGGCCCCAGAGCCAGCGCUCCCACCUGCCCGUCCAUCCCACCUGGCCAUGGACCCCCGAUCCCUGCCUCAAGGACUGGCUCCCGUGAGGACACCGCCCGUUGUCACCUUCGUGAUGCACAGACCCCUCUGCCACCCCCAGGCCAUGG